AUGGUCCAUUGGGGGAACCUAUGUUUUAAUGCAAAGGAAUCUAUCUUGAAAAGGUUCUUGGCUCAAUUUUAUGAAAGUCCUCUUAAUUUACUCUCAUUGGGAUCAGCGGGAAUAAGUUUAUUAGUAGGAAAUACUGAUGACGCGAUCAGUAUCACAAUAGCAAUCAUCAUUGUGGUCACUGUUGAUUUCAUUCAAGAACAUCGAUCAGAAAAAUCUCUUGCUGCUCUCAAUAAACUUGUACCACACUUUUGUCAUCUAACUCGGGAUGGACAACCUCAAACACUUUUGGCCAAUGUACUUGUACCAGGUGAUCUGGUGACCUUUCCAGUGGGUGAUCGAAUCCCAGCAGAUAUUCGAAUCACCAAAGCCAAUAAUCUCGAGAUCGAUGAAAGUACGAUGACGGGAGAAACCAAACCGGUGAAGAAACACACUGCCCCGAUGAUCACCAAUGAUCGCUUACCUAGCAUUUCAGAAUGUGCAAAUAUAGCAUUGAUGGGAACACUCGUUAAAGCAGGAAACGGAUCAGGAAUAGUGAUUGGUACAGAAGUAGAAGAUCGUAAAACUCCAUUACAAUUAUCAAUGAAUGAAUUGGCGAAAAAACUUUCAGCGAUUUCAUUUGCUGUGAUCGGUUUGAUUUGUUUAAUUGGAGUUUGGCAAAAAAGACGAUGGUUAGAGAUGUUCACAGUUGGAGUCUCACUGGCAGUGGCAGCUAUUCCUGAAGGUCUUCCGAUCGUCGUUACCGUCAAUUUGGCAUUAGGAGUAUUGAGAAUGUCAAAGAGGAACGCGGUUGUCAAAAAAUUACACUCAGACGAAACUCUGGGUUCGGUUUCGGUGAUGUGCUCAGAUUAG